UUUGUCGUAUUUACUACCAAAGUGCUACUACAGCUUCAUCUAAGCCUGUACAUUCUAGUUUUUGCACUUUGUUUUUUGACUUCUACACCAAUUUCACAAGGCCGAAAUCAGGUAACUUAUGAAUUUUAGUGAUUCUAAUUCUAGUGAAGAGUUCUAUUCUCCUCUCAGCCUUUCUAACUUAGAUCUAAGUCCUCUUAAGGAGGUUAGAUUUAGAAGUGAGAGUGACAUUGAGUGUGAGUUGAAAUUUUUUAAAGAUCCUAACUACAUCCCCUCUCCUACUCCGUGCAGUGAAAGUUAUGAGACGAAAGAGAUGUCUUCCGAGGAAACAUUGAGUGUUGGGGGGAGCAAGGAAGUAAGGAUGUUGGAGUACAAUGAUGUGGCUAUGGAGAGUGGGUCGUUUGGGUCAAAGAGAACAAGGGGAGGAUGGGGGUAUAAGAGUGAAUUGGGGACAAGGGAUAGCCUUGUUUAUUUAGUUGAAACCUAUGACCUUCCUCCCCAAGUGUUGAUUAGGCCUGCUGGGGUGGAGGAAAGGGCAUGCUCGGCACCACAGGAUCAUUGGAUGCCUAUGUAUGCUCAUUAUUUGGCAGCAGGGCUUAGGUUUCCAAUGCUAGAGUUGUUGGUGUGGUUAUUGCUGGAGUAUAGAAUAGCUGAGAGUAGGAAGGAGAAGGGGUGGUAUUAUUUUACACGUCAGUCGUCCAACAAAGAAAAGAGGAACUUGUUUAGUGCAAGGCCUUCAUCCAUUAAGGGAUGGAAGGAAAAAUUUUUCUUUGUUGAUGACACCGAUUUAAAUAGCGAUGAAGAGGAAAAAGUGGAGAAGCUAGUGAGAAAGGAGGGUGAUAUGGUGGAUAUUAUGUUUCUCACCAACUCAGAUGUUAUAGAAGCAACCAAGCUCUAUGGACCGAGCUUAAUGAGUGAAGCUAAGAUGGACAAAUUUUUGGGUAUUGCUAAUGGAAUGGCCAUUCCCAAAAAGCCAAGGAAGAAGUCAAAGACUUCAAAAAAUGUGGCUAAUGAAGGAAGAGCUGGGGACAAAAAGAGGGAGCAACCUUCCAGUUCGUCAGCCCGAGCUCCAGGUGUUCAACCAAGGCCUGAGCUCAAAAGGAAAAGAAGUGAGGACUUGGAGCCACCUCAAAAAAAGAAAAAGAAGACGGGAGAACAGGAGGUUAGGGGAGAUGAGGUGGCUGAGUUUGUACCUCGGCCUUCUCUUGUUAAGCUUGAUCUUGAGGUCAGAGAGAUAGGGGUUACAACCCAUGGUAAAGGCAAAGCUCUUGUUCUUCCUCCUUUGCUUCAGAAUAGUCUUUUUGACACAAAGAACACCAUAGUGAUGAAAAACUUUUUAAACGCAUACCUUCCUGAAGUGGAUUGCCGCCGAGCAAAGGAGAAGGAGAAGGAUGAGAUGUAUAAGGAGCUAGAUGAGGUGGUACCAACAAUGACGAGUCUUCAAGAUGAGAGGAAUUCACUGAAGAUAAUUCUUUCAUUUAAAGAAAGGAAGAGGAAAAUGUGCGGAGAACAAAUUGAAGCACAAGAUCAAGAAAUAAAGGAAAUGAAAAAGUUUGAGGCUAAGCUCAAAAAGAAUGUGAAGUUGCUGGUACACAACGGGAUGGAGGAGCAUAUUGUUGAGUUCAUCAACUCCAGCACUUUUGAGAACAUUGUCAAUCUUUAUCGGCUGCCCACCGCGAUCCUUGCCUUCACUGAUUGCAGAAAAAAGAUUAAGCUGAGGUGGGAUCAUGACAAAGAAGGUUGCACCGUUUUUCCUCCCAAUUUUGACUUCGAGUUCGUCGUAGUUGAGGAAGGGGAAGGAGAGGUAGAAGGUACUAAAGUUAAGGAGAGCUAGCCACUUCUUCUAGUAGAGGUCCAUCCAGUUCCUUCCGAAGAAAAGCAGCCACCUCCCCCAACAGAGUAGCUAGGGUGUUAUCUUUUGAUUUAUGUUUUGUGUUAGAGUUGGAACAAUUUAUUGAUUUUAUUAUGAACAGUUUUGUAAUAUUUGUAAUCAAUUCAUGGAUUUAUU